GGGUGUAGAAGUGUUGAGUGAAUGGAGUCUCUCCUCUGAAAAAAUGGCGUCUAGAAAAAAAAUGACGCGUGAAGAACGACUCGAAAAAAAAAGAAUAGCAGAACGAUUACGAUACCAAAAAAUUAAAAAUGACAAAGAUAAGUACGCUCAACAAAAAGUCAAGUAAAGGGAAAAAUAUGAAAAGAAGAAAGAAAAAGGAGUUAUUAAGACAGUCAAUCAAAUGACCCCCAGAGAGCAGCGGAAGGCUAGAAAAGUUUGGAGAGAGAAAGCAAAAAUUCGUAGACGUCGUUUAGCACUCCAAGAUUUAAGCAAUGCUCCUGAAACUCCACCAUGUUCAGAUAAUGAAGACCCGCCGCAGCCCCCUCAAAAUAUAAAUAGGCGAGCGCAGGCAGCACAGCAAAAAUCAAUUCGAGCAAGAAAAGCAAGAAACCUGAUAAUAAGAAAACAAGAGGCUGAAAUAGCUCGACUUAAGUCUGCAGUCCAACGUUACAAGAAGCAAAUGCAACGGAUAAAAAAACCACCAAUUAUCACACCCAACACUAAAGUAAAUUUACUUACAUCAGCAGUAAGUGCAGCUGACAAAGAAACCAUAAAGAAGAAACUGCUUUUCAGUGAAGUUAUUACUCAACAACUUAAUGAAAAUUUUUCAAAUAUCGACACUGCCCAAGAAAAAAGAGUCUUCAGAAGAGUGUUAAGCGGGAAAAUAGUAAAAAAAUACAAUGUGUUACCGGAAGAACUGAAAAUAAAACCUUUGAGUAAAAUAGACAACAAAUUAAAACUGAUGGAUACAAAGCGCAGCUCAAAAAAACACAGUCAGAAUUUGAAAACCUGCAUAGUUAAAUUUAUGGAAGAUGAUUCGAGCAGUAGACUUUGUGCAGGUAAAAAAGACUUUAUAACGAAGAUGGGCGAGCGUAAGCAAAAGCGAGUUAUGCUAGAUACGUUAUUCAACUUGCACAAACGUUUUCUGGAAAAGACACACAUUCAAAUAUCUUAUUCAGUGUUCUGCAAACUCCGACCAUUUUGGGUCGUCCAACCACGCUGUGACAGUCGUAACACUUGCAUGUGUGUUAUACAUAGCAAUAUAGAUUUAAUGCUGAAAUCACUUUACAACGCUAAAAUAAUAUCUGUGUCGAAUUACGUGGACCUUCUAAACCAAGUUUGCUGCAACAGAUUCAACGAAAAAUGUUUAUCCCGCGAGUGUAAGAUGUGUUUAAACAAAGGUCUUCAUUAUAAAGAAUUCGAUAACUCUAUUCAACUAGUUUACAGCAAGUGGCAAAGUGUACGCCAAGAUAUCGUGGAUUUAAAAACUCGAAAACCUCGAACUGUAACGAAAUGCGUUAAAAGCUCACUACAGAUUCUACCAAGGGACUUGAUUUUGGAUUUGGAAUCAAAGAUGGCUAAGUUUUUGAAUCACGAACGAAACAUAGUGCACCAACAUCAAACUAUAAAAACAAAAAAAGAGUCCCUCACUGAGUCAGAAGCUCUUAUACACGUGGAUUUCAGUGAAAACUACCUAACAAAAUACGCUGAAGAAGUACAAUCCUUUCAUUUCGGAGGAUCGAGACAACAAAUAAGUAUGCACACUGUUGUAGUCUACACUAAAGAAGUCGAGCAAGAGCUAAAAAGCCAAUGUUACUGCACAUUAUCACAAAAUUUAUCGCACUCACCUCCUGCAAUUUGGGCGCAUUUACAGCCCAUACUGGACUGUCUGCCGGCUACUGUUACAACUUUACAUUUCUUGAGCGAUGGGCCAGACACGGUAAGGGAGCUCCUGACGGAGUGGGAGCUACUUGCAAGAGAACUGCAGAUAGAUUAG